GGUGUCGCUGACGCAGUUCCUUGUCCGCUUGGUUCCGAGAGAGGGGGCUGGCGCUUUGGUGAUUGGAGACCCCAUUAGGAGGAGACCAGGCAAAAAAUCUGUUCUGGGCAGAUCCUUGGGAGUGAAGCUGCUGUGCACAGAGUGAGGGUAUUUCCUGUUUAUCCUCACUCCACUGCAGUAACCAAGAACCAUGUGGCCAUUACUCAGAGAGACCUGAACAAGCCGGUGAUAUCGGCAGAGGACAGGAACACGGCCUCUCGGGAUGGUGAUAAGUGGGACUGAGGAGAUGUUGAUUCCAAAGCAACAUUCCUGAAAAAUCAGAAUCAUGCUUUCAAUAGAAUUCCGCAGAGCUGUUGCCAAAGAGGUAAACAUGUAGAAGUUUCCUUAAAAGGAAAAGAGAAGACUUUAGAAGCCAGUGGUAUGCUUCACAUAGAAGAAAAUGAGGAGAAAGACGAGAAACUUCAAACAUAAGAUGGUUAAAGACAAUAAAACCCUCACAGACCUGAGUGACCAAGAAUCUGAAAAAGAUGGUAGUCAGAACUGUGACGCCGCAACAAAUGAGAGAGUUCAGGCUGAAAAGAGACAGUAUGUAUGUGCCGAGUGUGGAAAAGCCUUUAGCCAGAGUGCAAACCUCACAGUACACGAGCGAAUCCACACAGGAGAGAAACCAUACAAAUGUAAGGAGUGUGGAAAAGCCUUCAGUCAUAGCUCCAACCUUGUUGUUCACCGGAGAAUCCACACUGGACUAAAGCCCUAUACUUGCAGUGAAUGCGGGAAAUGUUUCAGUGGUAAGUCGCACCUCAUUCGGCACCAGGGAAUCCACAGUGGGGAGAAAACUUAUGAAUGUAAGGAGUGUGGGAAAGCCUUUAGCCGGAGUUCAGGACUGAUUUCCCAUCACAGAGUUCACACUGGGGAGAAACCUUAUACUUGUAUCGAGUGUGGGAAAGCCUUUAGCCGGAGUUCAAACCUUACUCAGCAUCAGAGAAUGCACAAAGGAAAGAAAGUUUACAAAUGUAAGGAGUGUGGGAAAACAUGUGGUUCUAAUACAAAGAUUAUGGACCACCAGAGAAUUCACACUGGGGAGAAGCCUUAUGAAUGUGACGAGUGCGGCAAAGCUUUCAUCUUAAAGAAGACCCUCAGUGAACACCAGAGACUCCAUCGUAGAGAGAAACCUUACAAAUGUAAUGAGUGUGGGAAAGCUUUCACUUCCAAUCGAAACCUUAUUGAUCAUCAGAGGGUUCACACUGGAGAGAAACCUUACAAAUGUAACGAAUGUGGGAAAACCUUCAGGCAGACAUCUCAAGUUAUUCUACAUUUGAGAACCCACACUAAGGAGAAACCAUACAAAUGUAGUGAGUGUGGGAAAGCCUAUCGCUAUAGCUCACAACUUAUUCAACAUCAGAGAAAACAUAAUGAAGAGAGAGAAGCCUCAUAAAUACAGUCAUGCGUCACUAAAUGACCAGGAUAUGUUCUGAGGAAUAACAUUGUUGGAUAAUCUUGCCAUGUAAACAUUGAGUGUACUUAACCAAAAUGAAGCUACAGUGCCGCCAGGUGGUAUAAUCAUUUGAGACCACUGCCUUAUUUGCAGUUUAUCACUGUUUGAAAGUUCGUUGUGCAGUAUGUGAUUGUAACAAAUACUGUUGGUCAUAGGGCUAAUUACUACUUUCUGAAAAACAGGUUUUCAGUAUCCUCAUGAAUUUCUAGGAAUUCAUAUAGGGAAAAGUAUACUUAGAUUGAAAAAAGGGAUACUCAUGCCAGUAUCACACAUAACUAGAAAAAAGAAAACUAGGUUUUUUAAUGGUACUGGAUUUAAAUGAACAGCAGUCCAUCUGUGUAGUCUUUGGAUAGCCAUUAUAAGCAGUUUUAAAGAAUAUUUAAUGCCACAGAGAAAUGAUUUAGAUAAAAUGGAACAAAGAAGGGAAAACAAUGACAUAUAAUCCAAAUUUUUAAAAAUGUGUAUGUGUAGGAAACAAAGGGAAGGUAGUAAACCAAAACUAAAAAUGUUAACAGUGAUUAUCUCUGGGUAAUAGGAUUAUAGAUGGUUUCUAUUUUUGUGUGUAUACUUUUCUAUGCUUUCUAGAUUUUCUACAAUGAGAAUGCACUACUUUUAUAUUCAGGAAAAAAGUACAGUAUUUUUUCAGUGCAGUUAGUACAUACCCAUGUUCAUUCAACAGUGUUAGGAAAGGCAUAUGGUAUAUGGAAUCAAGUUCCAGGAUUGCAAACCAAUACAAGAGGGUACUUCAAAAAAUUCAUGGAAAAUUAAAAGAUGUUUAUUCUGGUACAAAACUAUUCCAUACAUAGUUUUUUCAUAAUAUGCACUUUCCAUAAACUUUUUGAACACUCUUUGCAUGGAUUUCAAAAUGUGUUUGCACCAACAUAUUUUUUAACUUCAUCUUCCUUGAACUUUUCAAAGUAUCCUCACUGGUCCUGGCACUUAGCAGUAGAGGAACCAUGAGCAGAUCACUUCCAAUUAGAGCCUGUUUCCUGUUCAGGGAAAUCACAAACACCAACCCUUUGUCUUAAGAUAAGCUGACUUUACAGUUGUCAGCAAAAUGUGUGAUCACUGUUAGGUUAAAGAACACUGCAUCCUAUGGUUAUGGGAGGAUCCAUGAAUGAUAGAGAACUACUUAGGCUCCAUUUUUUUCUGUAUGUGUCUAAACAACUAGAAGAAAAAUGGCUUUGUGAAAUUGAAAGAAUUGUAGGCUCAAACACUUUAAAGAGUUACCAUUAAUAUAAAACUAGUAGAAGACUGCUGUCAUAUGUUCUGUAGAGCUUAGUAGCUAAAUGUGCUUUAGGGUUGGUGAGAUCUGUGUUCUAGUUCCAGAUCUACCACGCACUAGCUUGUUGAUUUCAGAUAAAUCACUUUACUGCUGUGAACCUCAGACUUACCUAUAAAAGAGGAAUAGUCCAUACGGUUGUUGUGAAGAUGAAAUUAAAUAAUGCACAUAAUGUACAACAAGCCUGGUACUUGGUAAACAGUAAUAGCUUAGGUGUAGGACAUUGGCAUGGUAUUUCUAAACACUUCACUGAGAGUGACUGAGGAGGAGUUUUGCCAAAGGUAGUAUUUUCAGGUGUAAUGAACAGUACCAAAUGGUAGUAUAGACAUUAAGAACAUUGAUGAUUUACUUAAGGGGGAGAAUAGAUAAGUGUCGCUCCCCGUCUUCGUGGAGGAACGACACAGGACCCUGCGCUGUUCUUUCGUCUGCUCGGCCCUCCCCGGGUUUGCUGCUGGUUCUUCCCGGGUUGGCUACUGUCCCUUCCACCUCCGUGGAAGGGCGGUUCCCCCUGGCCACAUUCCCCACUUCCGCAGGGGAGCGGCACACCGCCGGCCGGCUCUCUCGGGGGCUGCACAGGCGUUCCCCUUAGAUGUUCCCCUUAGAUGUUCCUGGUGAAUGCCGUCUCUCUCCUCCUUUAUAGUCCUCCUCCGCCAAUCCCAACUCGGCUGCCCACACGCCGAGUACGCUGCUCUCCUCCAAUCAGGAGCAAGUCCUACAGUUUAUUGGUUGAACUGGAGGCAGCUGUGCGGAAGCUGUUUACUUCUCUCCCAGCGCCAUAUUGUGGGAGAGCAGAUGCAUAGAAUAAGUCUUAAUUCCAGUAACUCAGUCUAGUCCGGGUUGCUCCCCACAGAUAAGCAGUUUGAAAUUUUGUUUGGUGACUUAGCAGUGCAUCAGACAUCCACGUUAACACCACAAUUUUCAGCAUAUUGCCAUUCAUUUUUCAUAACCUUGUGGUUGCAAGGCAGUUUCCCCAACUGCAAGUUUUUCUUCACACAGCUUCUUCAAAGUCUGUAAAUAAGAAGUAGAGGCUCUCUUUGGUUCCUUUCAUCAUUGAGGGAAAAAAACUUUCCCAAAAGAAGGGAAGGGUGGUACUGAGUAGUCAACACUACAUUUUUUUCAGUGGCUUCCUCUGCCUUUCCUUAUGCCAGCCUCCAAGAAAGCCUUAGCCCAUCUUCAAAUAGCAUUUGAAACUUACAAGUUCUUAGCCCAGAAUCCAUCUGAGAACACUUAAAAGCUCCCCAUUCCCUAAGGCCAGUGCCAUUUAUCUUAUGCACAGAGUACUUCAUUGUUUCAGAAACUGUGGAGAAUAUGUUAUUUCAAUCUUCCCAUAAUUUGCACAAGAAAACAGUCUUGGUGAGGUUAGAUGACUGGCUAAUUAAGUCAGAAUUUGAGCUCAGAUCUGACUUUGCAGUUCAUAUUCCCUUCUUUAUACGAAAGUGCCUCUGCCCACGAUGGUGUCUGUGUGAUUGAAAAACCAGAUGAUUGUAUCUGGACAGUUAUUUGAGCAUGGUUUCAUAAGGAAGUUGCUGUCAAUCUUCUCUGAGAUUUAUGACCUAUAUUUGAACCUCAAUUUUUUCUGUGUCCCCAAGUCUUUUUAAAAGUGUAUUAUUUGAAAGGCAGAAUGAGACUGAAAGAGAGGUCUUGCAUUGGCUCACUUCUUAAAUGCCUGUGACAGCUGGGGCUGGGCCAACCCAAAGCCAGGAGCCUGGGUUUACACCUGGGUCUCCCACAAGGGUGGCAAGGACUCAGUACUUGAACCAUCAUCAGCUGCUUCCUGGCUAUAUUAGCAGGAGGCUGAACAGAGUCUGAGGUGGAACUGGAUCCCAUGCACUUGGAUAUGGGAUGUGAGUGUCUGAAGCAAUGCCCUCUCCUGUGGCUCAUAAUUUAGGUUGAAGGGUUAUAUAUUUCUUCCUUGUUACUGGAAAAAAAAAAAAGUGAUGGGUGUGAAAAUUAAGUGUUUAUGUGAAAAAAAAAAACAACUCCUGUUUGAUACGACAGUGCUUUGCACAUAAUUUUGUGAUGCAGUAUUCCCUGUUCGGCUGGAAGGCCUGGAACAGAUUUACUUCAUUCAGGAGAUGGGACUGUGACAUCGUCACUGACUGUUGAUGCUCCCUGAAUUGCUGAGCAGAUAUUUUCUGAGCAAAACAUGUUCCCAUCACUGUGUCAUGGGUCUGUAAUUCUUUGCUUUAAUGGGCUUUUUCAUCUUAAAAGACUUUAUGAUCUAUGAAAGUAUCUUCUAGGAAGGACAUAAUAUCUCGUAUCCAGACAUCUGAAUACAGAAUAGCCUCCGAUUUCUUGCCCCAGGCAAGCUGGGAUUACGGUCCCUUGAGGAAGCCCUCAUUUGUCUUCUAGGCUGAUGCCUGCAUACGUUGCAGGAGUAAACAGUGACGACAGGUCCUUGAAUUCUUUCAGGUCACUAUAAUUUGAACAGGUCACCCACCUUCCUGCUGGAGUCCACAGGAGUACCAGCUGUUAGUCAAAGUUGAAGCGUGCAGCCCUUUGCAUCCUUUCAGGCCCUUUUAUAACAACCUCUGGUGUUCUACACUUUCUUGUCCUGAUGGAAACCUGGCUGCUUCCUAAGGGCAGUGUUCGCUUGGCAGUCCCUCAGUUGCUAGUUUCUGUCUCCAUCAGAACCCUAGGCGUUUUGAAGUGAAAGAGACUACACUGUGUUACCCCAUCCCUGUGCUUGUCAUCUGCCAGCCACUAACAUUUAUUCACUUAUUUAUUUAUUUAUUUUUAGUACCCCAAAUUUUCCUAGCCACAAGUAUUCUGAUAUAAUAGAAGUGCUCCUGUGUGGAAUAAAAAUAUGUAUGCCCCUAUUUAGUUGAGAAGAAAGUGGGAAAUAAAAUUUCAUAUAGCUUGAUUCAAGGGAAGUACAUGAGGCAGAAAGAAUUCUUAGAGAGGGAAGUGUCUUCCUGAACCUAGAGAUAUUUUUGUAGGUAGUAUGUCCUGUUUUAGGUGUUACUUGGAAGAAAAUUAAAACCAAAAAGAGCUUUAAGUAGCUGAGUAAUUAUGUUGACUCUAAAUCCUGUACUAGAUUUCAUUGCAGUCCUGUGUCUUUGUUGACAGAUGUCCUUUUAAAAGUUAUUUCCCAUCAUUUAAAUGAGGGAUGCUCAUUUUUUAGAUUUUAGUCAAUAGACUGUCUUCAAUUAUCUCUUAUAAAACUACAGUCUUAAAAUUGUUUUUUUCAGGAAAUAGUGGUAUUCCUUCAAUAAACAUCCGCUAUUCUUAUACA